AUGGAUCUUUUUGAAUCUCUCAUGCAAGAGUUGGAUGAGGUAUCUCUUCAAGAGUUUGUGGUGGUGGCUAGGAGGGUUUGGUGGAGGAGAAACUGCUUUAUUUUCAAUAAUGAUUUCAAACACCCCAAGUCAGUGAUAAGAGAAGCUCAUGCUACCUUGACCCUGCUAAAUGGAGAGAACAACAACAUAACCACUAGCCCCUCUCUGACCUGCAGGUCCCCUGAUGUAUGGACUCAUCCACCACCAAAUUGGUACAAAAUCAAUUGGGACAGCUCAGUGAAUAAGCAGAAAUACCAAGUGGGAGUGGGAGUGAUUGUGAGAGAUUGUAAGGGACAUGUCAUGGCAACCAUGAGACACAACAAGCAAAUGUAUCCUGACCCUUUACUUGCUGAGUCGUAUGGAGCACUUCAGGCUGCAAAGCUUGGGGUGGAUUUGGGUUUAAGGCAGAUUAUCUUGGAGGGUGACUCCCUGCAGGUGAUAAACACCCUUCAUGAAGAUAGAGACGGUCUUAGUAGUGCUUUAAUGUUCUUGUAUGAGACAAAAGUCUUGCUGAAACAGUUUGCUAAAUGGGAAAUUUCUCAUGUUAGGAGAAAUGGUAAUGUGUUGGCCCAUGUUUUAGCAAAAGAUUCUCUUUCCAUUUCUGAUUUAGCUGUAACAGUGGAGGAUGUUCCUCAGUGUAUUUUCCACUUGGUUCAAUGA